AUGGAAACCUGUUUUGAUUUUUCAAAAUGUGGUGAUGAUCCUAAAGUAUAUGUUUAUCCAACUGAUGGUCCAGUAAGUGCUACUUAUAGAAAAGUACUGUCUGUUAUAAGAGAAUCUAAAUAUGCCACAAGAGAUCCAAAUGAGGCAUGUUUGUUUUUACCAGCAGUAGAUACAUUGGAUGCUGAUCCUUUAUCGUCCGAGCAUAUUCCUGAUGUGGCUCAACGUUUGUCGCGAUUGCCACAUUGGAAAAAUGGUCGUAAUCAUCUUGUUUUUAAUUUGUAUGCCGGUACUUGGCCUGAUUAUGCAGAAAAUGCUUUAGGUUUUGACUCUGGUGAAGCUAUAUUAGCUAGGGCUAGUGCUUCUGAAACAAUUUUUCGUGAUGGUUUUGAUAUUUCUUUGCCAUUGUUUCACAAAGAACAUCCUGAACGAGGUGGAGCAGCACCUGCUGCUACAGCUAAUCCAUUUCCAGCACCAAAGAAACAUUUAUUAGCCUUUAAAGGGAAACGCUAUGUGCAUGGUAUUGGUAGUGAAACUAGAAACUCUCUGUGGCAUUUACAUGAUGGAAAUAAUUUGAUAUUAGUGACAACAUGUAGGCAUGGAAAAUCUUGGAAAGACUUAAGAGAUGAAAGAUGUGAUGAAGAUAAUAAAGAAUAUGACAAAUUUGACUAUGAGCAGUUACUAUCAAACUCCACAUUUUGCUUGGUAGCUCGUGGUAGACGUCUGGGCUCAUAUCGGUUUCUUGAGGCACUAGCUGCUGGAUGUGUUCCUGUUCUUUUGAGUAAUGGAUGGAGGCUACCUUUUGAUGAACGCAUUGAUUGGCGACGAGCUGUGAUUUGGGCUGAUGAGCGCCUUCUACUACAGGUACCAGAACUUGUACGCUCAGUUCCUCCUGAGCGUAUACUUGCUUUAAGACAACAAACACAAUUACUAUGGGAGCAGUACUUUUCUUCUAUUGAGAAAAUAGUUUUUACUACAAUUGAGCUUUUAUUUGAGCGCAUAUUAGCCCAUCGGUCAUCAAGGCAACGUGAUGCGCUCAUUUGGAAUGCUUCACCAGGAGCGCUAGGGACCCUGGCUACUUAUGGAGAUUCCAGAGCGCAUUUCCCUGUAGCGGCAAUUGCUCCAGUAGCCCCACCAGCCCCGUCGCCUCCACCAAUCCCCCUUCCAGUGCCAUCAGUGCCAUCCACUGCUCCACCUCCUACACUUGGGGAAACAUUUACAGCAUUAUUGUAUGUCCAAGCAACAUCUCCAGCCUUACAUAAACUGCUAGCUAAUAUUGCAAGCAGUGAAUUUUGUGAAAAGGUAGUGUUAGUAUGGGAUAGUGAACGAGCUGCACCUACACUGAAGACUCUGCCACGUAUGGUGGGAGACGUUCGCGACCCUCUACCAGUUGUAGUUAUAGACGCAACAACACAUUAUCCUGGCGAAGGUGUUUCGGCAAGGUGGCAGCCGUUGUGGGCCAUUCCCACUGCAGCUGUUUUCUCAUUGGAUGGAGAUGCACCAUUACUUGCUGAAGAGUUGGAUUUUGCAUUCCAAGUAUGGCAACAUUUCCCUGAACGCAUUGUUGGUUAUCCAGCUAGAAGUCAUUAUUGGGAUGAAGCAAAGGGCGCUUGGGGCUACAGCAGCAAGUGGGGGGGCGCGUACUCGAUGGUGCUGCCGGGUGCGGCGCUCGUGCAUCGCGCGGCGCUGGCGCUGUACGGUGCCGCCGCGCCCGCGCUACGCCUGGCCGUGCGCCGCGCGCGCAACUGUGAGGACAUCCUCCUCAACUGUCUCGUCGCACACUACACGCGUCGCCCGCCUCUCAAGCUGGCGCAGCGCCGCCGCUAUAAACCCGCGCAUCAUCGCUACAGAUCAUCAUGGACUGACCCAGAACACUUCGUCCAGCGACAGUCCUGCUUGAACACGUUUGCUGCAGCAUGGGGAUAUAUGCCUCUUAUGAGGUCCAUUCUUCGACUCGAUCCCAUAUUGUUUAAAGAUCCCGUGUCAACAUUAAGAAAAAAAUACAGAAAAAUGGAGUUACUUACUUCGUAA